CUGUCCUGACUCAGCUCAACAGUCUCCAGUCUACCAACUGGUCUCUGUAAUAACUAUUUAAAGCAGUCUGUCCUGACUCAGCUCAGCAGUCUCCAGUCUACCAACUGGUCUCUGUAAUAACUAUUUAAAGCAGUCUGUCCUGACUCAGCUCAACAGUCUCCAGUCUACCAACUGGUCUCUGUAACUUCAUCUUUGUCUCUGUGGUGUACAGUCUUCAGGUGAUGAUGGGGGUAUUGAAUCAUCUCUCUACUCUCCUCCUUCUCUCUCUCCUUCCUCCUGCUCUCUCUCAUGUAGUGGAUAAGUUCAGUGAUGUUCCACAGUGCCAGAAUUUCUUCCUGGAGGGGACAACUCCAAAUCUCCCAGGUAUUUUGGUUGGUGGGACAGUCCAGGACCAGAACCGCUACAAGCCGAUUUGCCAGUUUUACAAGGACAGGUACAGGUUUGCAACUCUCCACGACACAACAAACAGGAUCCCUGUUUUCUCAGCCUACACCUUCACUGGUAAGGUAGUUGGUAGACCAAGUCAGUCCUGGAUGAUAGAGCCCCAGCUUGAAGAUAUAAAUAACCAACAUGACAUGAAGGUGGAUGAUAAAGAUUUCCCACACAACCAGCAGGCUGCGGACACAGACUACAAAAAUAACAACAAGCAUCUGGACAGAGGUCACCUUUUCCCAUGUUUGUACGCACCUGAUGAUGCUGCCAAGAGGUCCACUUUCACCCUGACAAACAUCGUUCCCCAGGCAAGAUCCUUCAACCAGGGCAGCUGGAGCAGAAUGGAGUGCAGAGUCAGAGACGCUCUUGAGCUUAACUGUAAGGAUGCUAACGACCAGAUAAAGGCCUAUGUGGUGACUGGAGCAGUUCCCAGCAGCAGCAACACACUGAACAACCGAGUGAACAUCCCAGAUCUCAUGUGGACAGCCUACUGCUGUUACAACAACAACCUGAAACAGUGGAUUGCCCAAGCACACUGGAGUGAGAACGAAGAGGAACCGAACAAAAAAGUAUUGAACCCCCAUACCUUGGCAGAUCUGUAUAACAUGUUGAAGCAGCACUACCCAGGUGGUGAUAUCCAGGUGUUCCCAGAGCAGUGUCCAAGAGGUUCUUCUCAGAAAGAGAGAGAGAAGAGCAGAGAGAGGGAGGUAGGAAGUGGGGAUGUUAGCAGGAAACGGUUAAUGGAAUGUGAUGAGGAUUGUAAAUGUGUCUCUUUGUAGGUGUCACAGAUCAUUUCCUGUCCCAGAGUUUGGUCCAGUGGAAACACAGACAACUAUAAAGUACAUUCCCUCAUGGGAGACCAGGGUUCAAGUCAAAUCUUUCUAUACUGACUUUCACUGCUAUGUCUAUAUAUCACAUGAAAUUCUGAAGAAAAUAAAGUUUAAUUCAGUUAUGAUAUAAAGACAUUACUGUUGUUAAUACAUAGUCCAACAGUAUGUCAGGUUCUGACUACUAUGUAACUGUUACCAUGGAGAUACUAUUAUAUGUUCUGAAUGUAAUAUUAUCACUGUUACCAUGGAGAUACUAUUAUAUGUUCUGAAUGUAAUUCUAUCACUGUUACCAUGGAGAUACUAUUAUAUGUUCUGAAUGUAAUUCUAUCACUGUUACCAUAGAGAUACUAUUAUAUGUUCUGAAUGUAAUUCUAUCACUGUUACCAUGGAGAUACUAUUAUAUGUUCUGAAUGUAAUUCUAUCACUGUUACCAUAGAGAUACUAUUAUAUGUUCUGAAUGUAAUUCUAUCACUGUUACCAUAGAGAUACUAUUAUAUGUUCUGAAUGUAAUUCUAUCACUGUUACCAUAGAGAUACUAUUAUAUGUUCUGAAUGUAAUUCUAUCACUGUUACCAUAGAGAUACUAUUAUAUGUUCUGAAUGUAAUUCUAUCACUGUUACCAUGGAGAUACUAUUAUAUGUUCUGAAUGUAAUUCUAUCACUGUAUGUAUCCAUCUUCUUCCCAACUGAAGGAAUAAACAUCUAUAAUGAA